ACCCAGAGAAACUUAAAAAAAACCCUCUUGUAGCCAGCACUUGGACUGAUCAAGCUCAACUUAGGUUAUUUGAGCUUGAAUUCGAAGAGGAGAGAAUGGCGACGAGCAACAGCGCGAACGGUGACAUGUUGAUGCUAGAAGCAGCACCAGAGGCCUCACGUCCCUGGUCCACCUCUUCCAAUGCUGAAAUAAUUGAUGCACUGCCUUACAUCGACGACGAUUACGGAAACCCUUCUGUGAAAGCUGAAGUCGAUCGUCUUGUCGAGGAAGAGAUGCGUCGAAGCUCCAAAAAACCCUCAGAUUUCUUAAAAGAAUUGCCACCCGUCCCCAAAUUCACUUUCGAGAAUUAUCCGAUGCUUGCUAAAGAGUACGAGAGAGUGAGAGCGGGGAGGCCGCCGGUUACGCUCGAUUUUUCGAGGUAUUCUCAUUUGGAUUUGCCAGCUGCGAACAAAAUGAAUGACGAGACUGCUUGGAAACAGGCUCUUCAGCGUGCCCAACGCUUGCUGCAGCAUCAAGUAAUCAGGCUGGAAAACUUGGAACUCAUGUCAAAAUAUGGUCCUGAGGUUUGGAUACAGCACAACCGACAGUUGGAAACAAUGCUAACCAGAACACAAAAAUUAGCACGGGAACAAAAUGAAAAGAUUGAAGCUGUGAACCGUGAAAGGAAAUAUCAUCAGCAAAAUACUGCAUAUGAGCUGAAUGCUUUAUCCGCACAAUGGAAGGAGCUUUGUCAGAAAAAUAUAGAAAUCCAAGAGGCAUGUAUUAAAAUUGAAAAUCAGAUAGAGGAACUUAAGAGAGAAUCUUCAGAGAGAGGCUGGAAUGUGGAAGCUAACAUAGAAAACGGUUCCCUGUUGCAUUCAUAAUCAAUAAGGGUCCAUAAGCAGAUUGGGAAGAGUCCAACCACAUCAGUAAAAGCACAGAUCUAAACUGCUGCAUAUGGUGGCCUGUGCGUGAAGGAUAUAUAGGUUCUAGAUGUUCUCCCCCCUGUUGGCAAAGAUUGAUGUCUCUUCAGGAGUAAGAAAUUCUAAUGUACUUGGCCUCAUUUCUACCUGGAUUCUUCUUAUGUAAUUCGAAUUAAACAAUCUAAUCAAACCCACUCUUUGUGAACUUUGAAAGAGAAA